UUGGCCAUCACAAGCACAAGUUGAUUGAAGGAUCUGUUUCUUCUGCUGCAGAGUAGUUGGCUCCCUCCUGCGGUCUGCUAGUGAUUCCUCGACAGGGUUGAUUCCUCUGUAGGCGAGACUUGGUUGCAGCAAGUCCCAUGGGCUUGUCCUUCUCCUUGCUCUCAUGGAACUGGGUUGGGGUCAUGAGAAGCAAAGUCUUCGGUUUGACAGAAGCAAAAGCUGCCGUAGCGAGAUCCAUUAGCUUCGGUGAAAAGGAUGCCAAUAGGCUCCUGAGAUCACUCAGUUUCAGAAGAAGCGAUUCGUCGAACAAGAUGGUGGCCGGUGCUGGGGCGGCGGCGGUGGCCCAUGACGCGGUCAUGGAGAGAUCAUUGAGCUUCAAGAACUGGGAACCUGAACCCACGAAGCUCGAUGCAACCGCCUCGGUCGGCGACCAAGCGACAGGCGAUGACGACGUCACGCUGCAACCAUCUUGUCUCAAGAUCCCGGCGAACUUCCCGGCGCCCCAUGUGAAGCUCCCGCAUCAGCUUCUCGAGUUCUCUUCGCCCAGGCCUUUGAGCGAGCUCGACGCUGCCGCGACCACGGUGCAGAAGGUCUACAAGAGCUACCGGACCAGAAGAAACCUGGCAGAUUGUGCGGUGGUGGUGGAGGAACUCUGGUGGAAAGCACUGGAUUUUGCUUCUCUCAAGCGCAGUUCGGUCUCCUUCUUCGACGUCGAGAAGCCGGAGACAGCAAUUUCCAAAUGGGCGAGGGCCAAGAAGAGAUUAGCCAGGGUUGGCAAAGGCCUCUCCAAGGAUGAAAAGGCUCAGAAGCUAGCACUGCAGCAUUGGCUGGAAGCUAUCGAUCCGCGACAUCGCUACGGGCACAAUUUGCAUUUGUACUACGAUGUCUGGUUCGGAAGUGAGAGCAGCCAGCCAUUCUUCUACUGGUUGGAUGUUGGAGACGGAAGAGAAGUGAAUCUUGAGAAGUGCCCAAGAAACAAGCUUCAAGGGCAGUGCAUCACUUAUCUUGGUCCGAAAGAGAGGGAAGCAUAUGAAGUCACGGUGGAGAACGGGAAGCUCGUGUACAGACAGAAUGCAAAGCCCGUGAACACCACCGAAGGAUCCAAGUGGAUCUUCGUUCUCAGCACAUCAAGGGCACUGUACGUCGGGCAGAAGAACAAAGGCACUUUCCAGCACUCGAGCUUUCUCGCCGGGGCAGCUACGACAGCAGCUGGAAGGAUGGUUGCCAAAGAAGGAAUUCUCAAGGCUAUAUGGCCAUACAGCGGCCAUUACCUCCCGACCGAAGACAAUUUUAGGGAGUUCAUCAGCUUCCUUAAGGACCACAAUGUCGACCUCACCGAUGUCAAGAAAUGUUCUGUGGACGACGACGAGUUCCCCGUGCUCGAUAAGGAGAGAAGUAAGCCAGCAGUUGCAGCUGAGGAGGAGAUGGUGGGUGAGAAAGCCGCGGAAGCCAAAGACGAAAGGAAGACGGUGGCGCUGGGGCUGGAGCUGGGCCGGCGCCUGUCGUGCAGAUGGACGACGGGCACGGGGGCGCGAAUCGGGUGCGUCCGCGACUACCCGGUGGAUCUCCAGUCCAUGGCGCUGGAGCAGGUCAACCUCUCGCCCAGGGUGGCUCCUUCGCCCGUCGGCGUCAAGCUCCCGAUCCCGUCGCCGCGGCCGAGCCCCAAGGUGAGGCUGUCUCCCAGGCUACAGUACAUGGGCAUUCCGACCCCCACAGUCCGUCUUACCCUUCCCAAACUCAAGAGGUGAUUGCUUGAUUGGUGGCACGCCUCGGUGCCGAAGCUAACACUAGAUCUCCACGGAAUAAGAACUCUGGGAUUGCAUGCAGGGGAAGAAACCUGCAUCCAGAAAACCUGCGAAUUCUCUUGUUAUUUUGUUGGUGAAGCUGAAGCAGUUGUUUGCUGCUCUGAUUCUUUUGCAUAGGGUGGAAUUUGUUCAUUUGAGAUGAAGCACAUGACUUCAAUAUAUCCUAAUGUAAUUUUUUGUUGGAUAAAUUAAUCGAGAGAAUUCUUUCAUUUUAGAUGAAGCUGAAGAGUCUUCUUUUUGA